AUGGCCGACCGACCGAGCUCGCAGGCGUCCACCACACCUACUGCUGUCGACGACCGCGGGCACGGCCAUGUACCCGACCACCAAGACUCGCAGAAUGUCUCCGAGAAGCAGUCAUCCGUUAGGAAGGAGCGACCUACUGUCGCAGUCACGCAUCCAAACUCGAAUGACACAUACGAACCCAUCCUCUUUUACGACGAACCACCUCCGCUCAACUAUACCAUCAAAACCGGCAGCCGAGAGCGUGUUAUAAUCAUCUGGUUCACUCUUCUCUUCGUCGAGUCUGGCAUCCUUCCUCUCAUCUUGUUCUACUCGCUCUCAUGGGGCGCGCAUCUAAGCACCACGAAGAACCUUGCGAUCAUCACGAGCCUCAUCGGCACCGUGUCCGGAUUCAAGUUCGCGCAGCGGAUGUGGUUCCUAUGGUUCAUCCGUGACCACGUCAGUCGGAGACUGAUCGGUGUUGGACGCUGGGGCGUUGACUUCUUCCAAUACAUCCUGAGCCUCGCCAUGGCAGCGUUCUUCAUCCCGCUCAUUAUCGGUUCUUCGGUAAACCCGGGGAGUCCGCGAAUUACGGCGAUGGCUCUGCCAUGCGUCAUGCUCGUCCUGACGCUACCGCUCCUCAUCACCGGCAUCUUCCCCUACCGAAUUCGCGUACCGUGGCGUGUUUCUUCCUUCCCGCCGCGUCAGCCCCUCCCUCCCCUCGGCUAUUGCUACGUCGAGGACAUCGUCGCAGUCGACGGGGGUGGGUGCACGCAGUUCCGCCAGGUGGUUGGUGAGUGCUGUAUAGUGUAUGUCGACCACUUGGUGUUUAUGACGACGGUAAAUCUCUGGAAGUAA